AUUGUAAGUGGAGAGAGUGAGGAGGAAAGUAACGGUGUCAACUUGAUGGAGUUUUCGGAUGAGAUCCUUUUGCACAUUCUCAGCUACGUCCCUUGCACAGACCUUGUCCUGAACGUCAGGAGAACCUGCAGGAAACUUGCAACGCUUUGCCUUGACAAGAGCCUAACCCACACAGUUUUACUUCAGAAAGACUAUAAGGUCAACAAAGACAAAGUGAAGCAGCUGAUGAGGGAUAUUGGAAAAGAGAUUUACCAGCUGAACUUGGCUGGGUGCUACUGGCUGCCCAGCUCCACUAUUGAUCACGUAACACGAUGCAAGAACCUGGUAAAACUGAACUUGUCUGGCUGCCACAUCACCUCUCUCCGUCUCUCGAAGAUGCUGUCCACGCUCCAGCACCUCCGCUCCCUGGCCAUAGACGUAAAUCCAGGUUUCGACGCCAGCCAGCUGAGCAGCGAGUGUAAAGCCACUCUUAGCCGCGUCUCGGAGUUGAAGCAAACCCUUUACACGCCGUCGUAUGGUGUCGUUCCGUGCUGCACUAGCCUGGAGAAAUUGCUGCUUUAUUUUGAGAUCCUCGAUCGCUCGCGAGAAGGUUUUAUGCUCUCUGGGCAGCUAAUGGUAGGCGAGAGCAACGUGCCCCAUUACCAGAACCUCCGCGUCUUCUACGCCAGGCUGGCUCCUGGCUAUGUUAAUCAGGAGGUAGUGAGGCUGUACUUGGCGGUGCUGAGCGAUCGGACACCCGAGAACCUUCACGCUUUCCUUAUUUCUGCCCCCGGUAGCUUUGCGGAGACAGGAGCCACUAAAAACCUCCUGGACUCUAUGGCUCGAAACGUACGUCUGGAUGCUUUACAAUUGCCCAAAGCCUGGAUUAACGGCUCUGGACUCCUGCAACACUUGAAGUUCAACAACCCUUUCUACUUCAGCUUUAGCCGAUGCACCUUAUCUGGUGGCCACCUGAUCCAGAGGGUUAUUAACGGUGGGAAGGACCUUAAAAGCUUGACCAGCUUGAAUCUCAGUGGCUGCGUUCACUGUCUGGCGCCAGAGUCCUUAUUUCGAAAAGCGGAAGAUGACAUUGACAGUGGCAUUCUGGAAAGCCUGGUAGUGUCUUGCUGCAACCUGAGACACCUCAACCUCUCUGCAGCUCACCACCACAGCUCGGAAAGCAUAGGGAAUCACUUGUGCCAGCUUCUGGCAAGGCUAAAGCACCUGCUCUCCUUAGCGCUGCCGGUUUGCUCCAUCACGGAUGUUGCCGCAAACGUGGAAAAGCCGAAGCCUCCCACGGCGUCAAGUUUGGUUCCCCAAACGUUUGGAAGGAAAGUUCGGAUCGGGAUGCAGACGUAUCCAAGGAACUUAGUGGACCAGGCAAAUCAGAAGCUAGAGUCUUCAGUGUUCUGGGCUCUGAUGGGAAGCCUCCGAUUUUUGGAAACCUUGGAAAUAAUCGGAUCCAGUUUUUCCUCUGCCAUGCCCCGCAAUGAGCCGGCGAUUCGGAACUCGUUGCCUCCUUGCGUGCGGGCGCAAAGCGUGGGCGAUUCGGAGGUGGCUGCCAUUAGCCAAUUGACUUACUUGCAGAGCCUCACCUUAGCUCAGCUGCCAAAUAUCCUGACUGGCUCUGGGCUUGUUAGCAUUGGGUUGCAGUGCCAGCACUUGCGGACUCUUUCGUUGGCCAACCUGGGCAUGAUGGGGAAAAUGAUCUAUAUGUCUGCGCUCAUGGACAUGCUGAAACACUGCAAGUGUCUCAGAGAUCUCAGGCUGGAACAGCCGUACUUCUGUGCGGGCGCCCAGUUCUUCCAGGCCCUGAGUCAUUGCUCCUCUCUCCAGCGGCUUUGCAUCGUCUCCCGGAGCGGGACUCUGCAGUCUGACGCAGUGAUGUCAUUCAUGGCCAACUGCCUUGAGGUCAUCAUGUGCCACAUGUUUAUGGGAGAGUCUCUUACCGUUUGCAAAAAUCUCCAGCAAUCUAUUGUCCGGAGUUUCCAGGCCGACCGCCCAGCGCUCAACGUCGUCAUUUUCCCUCUGCUUCAUGAGGACUUGACGGAGGUCAUCAGAGACGUCCCCAUGCGGCACUUGGAUGAAAUUACCUUGUUUAAAAGCAGAGUGGCUGAGGAACCUCCCAACUUGUGGUGGUGACUGUCACGGCAUGGGAAGGACACUCAGCGUGAACAUGUGAAAUAGCUUCUUGUUGGCCUGGAUUCCCCACCUUCAGCUCCUGGCUGCCUCACUGGAUGCUAUACAAUCAUUUUAAAUAGAUGCAAUUGCAAAAUAAUAAUAAUAAUAAUAAAAAGCUGGUCCUUUGCGGUGGGGAAUCAUCUCUUGGAUAUUGCUUGCAACUGAAAAUCCUGUCUCAAAGCCUUCUGGAAUCUGAUGAGUAUAUUUCUUUGCGGUUAAUAGGAAUUGUUUUGUUAUUUUACUGAAGUUAAAGGUAAGAGAAACUGACUUAACGA